AUGCUUUCAUUCACUCUCUUGAGUAUCGUUACACCCUCAGCUUUCAGCGUUGCUCUUGCAAGACCUCCAGCCAAAUUCCCACAGUUGCCGUUCCCCAACAUCACAGCUGCUUUGGCUGCUGGUAUUGAGUGCUUUCCUUUCGAAGAUCCGCACUGCUGCGUUAACAAUGCAGUUUGCCAGUGCAUCAACGGGACAUUCUUCGGUAUGAACGUGAUACAGACCAACGAAAGCACAACGCUCUGCUUGCCCCCAAGCAAUGUGACCUAUGGACAGGAUAUGGGGAACAUUCCCGGAUUCUGUUGCUAG